AUGCCCUCGGUGGGCUGUCUCACCGCGGUCACGCGGCGUCUGACGCCGGCGCCGAACAAGGAGUCGGAGCUGGCCAUGUCCGUCGCUGCCAGCGUCACAGGGUUGGCGGUGUCGCUGGCUUUCGUGGCCUACGGCGCCCCUGGGAGGGGGGAUGUUCCCGUGAGCUUGGCCUACCAACAGUUGCCCCUGGUCGUGAAGGCGCUGCUCAGGCCGCUGCUCGGUGACCCGUCGGCAUCCGACCAGCCAGACCCGUUCCUGGACCCGGUCAACAUCGCAUUCCCGGCCAACCCUUUUCUCAUCGGAGGCAUCUGCGGGCUCGUGAUCACUUCGUUGUCGCUGCUGCCCAUCGGGCGUCUCGACGGCGGCGUCCUCGCGCGCAACGUCCUGGGGACUGGGCCAGCUGCCGUCGUAGGCUUCUUCGCCCUGGGCCUCCUCGUUGCCGGCAGCUUCGGGUCAGACGAUGUUGGAUCGCUGUACCUCUCCUUCGGCGUGGCGUCCCUCAUCUGGCAGAGCGGCGCGGAGCUGCCGCCCUUGGAGUCGACCACCGAAGCGCCCGACGGGUACAAGGCAGUGGGCGCGGCGCUGCUGUUGCUCGGCUUCGCGCUGUGCGUCCCCGGUUGGGCCUUCCCGCAGGUCUGA